CGCACCCGCCACUACAGUGACAUCCGUUUACUUCGAAAACUUUGAUAAAAAUAUUGAUAAGAAUGCGUCCAAGAUCACACCACAGAUGACUUUAGAGUUUUAUCAUUUACUUCGUGCGUUUUGUAUCGGUUCACACGGAUAUUAUUAAAUCUCAUGUAGGAUAAAGACUUAAUAUGGGAGCUAGAAGUAAAAAAGUGCUACAACUUGUAUCUGGAUGGGAAGCAGUGGAAUUAGUAUUAAAAUGUUUAGUUUUUGGUAUCUGGCAGCUCGUGCAAAUCUUUGUGAAACGGUUGUGGAAAGGACAUAGAAGAAAAUCGUCUAAAAGUUGCCCUCCAGUAGAGCUUACUGUUGUUUCAUCGAUAGGUACUCAUUGCUACAUCAAAAUUAUGGGAGUAAAAUACCACUAUGUAGAAACCGGCCCAAAAUCUGGGCAAACAAUUCUAAUCCUCGGUGAUGCACCGGACAAUAGUAAUUUAUGGAGCCCUACCUGGACCAACGUAGUCCGUAAGCUGUCAGAAGCAGGCUACCACAUAAUAACGCUAGAUCUUAGAGGAACAGGAGGAAGUGAAGGUGGAGGCAGAAGUGAUUUAUCCCCCCCGAGAGCAAUUGAGGAAUUGUCCGGUUUAAUGGAAGCUCUCGGUGUGUCAGAGAAUAAUCCUGCGGUUGUUAUUGGCUUUGGAAUUGGUGGCAUGCUGAGUUGGUACUUGGCGCACUGUCAUGGCCGGAUGAUCAAUAAAUUCGCGGUGAUAGGCGCACCGCAUCCUAAUCUCUACUGGCAAUACCCGCCGUCCGCAUUUUGUAAUCGCGUAUUACAUUUUAUACAGUGGCCGAACUUCCCCGAGCAGUGGCUAGCCGAAGGUGAACUCCAGGAUGGCGAAGGUCGUUGGGCCAGCUCUCGUGCUUGCGACUGGACGGGUCCUUUGAAUUAUGUCAGAGGUGCUGCCUGGUGGAGGAUCCGUCCGAACCACCGCAUACAGUCCACAGCGCUUCUCAUCGGCGCACGCGACUCUGCCGCGCAGCUGGUCACGUCUGCGCAGCACUGCUUGACGUCCACGCUGCGAAUGGUCAACAAACCUGAUCCCAGCGACAGUGAACUUGCUAAUAUUAUUCUGGAUUUUCUUAUUAUUAAAGAAAAACCUAUGGAUGGAGAACCACGUACACUAGUGGGUCGAAUGCUGGGCGCAGUCGCAGGGCGUGGCAGAGAACUAACAGCUAAACUUGUGCUGCCACCUGCACAAGCAUAACUAUCUAAGGUCUAAGAUUAAGUUUUGAGCAAGCUUUAAGAUUGGGCUCGU